AUGACAAUUUGGUAUGUUUGUCUCUCUAUUGCUUUUGCUGCAAUAUCAAUACCUUUAUAUAAAUUAGAUUCAGAGCUUAAUUUUACCAAGCACUCAGUACUAGACAUUAUAUCGCCACAACGUGCACUUUAUACAUCGUCAAGCAUGACCAAUUACCAGAAUGUAAGUCAUAUUUAGUAUCAAUAUUACAUUCGUGCUUCAAUUGGAACCCCUGCACAGGUUUUUACGUUCAUGGUUGAUACAGGGAGCACAUGGGCAUGAAUUGAUUGAAAUAAAUGCUCUAAUUGCCAUACGGGCACAAAAUUCGAUCCAGAAACGUCUUCUAGUUAUCAUAACACCAGUCAAAUCGAAUCAAUAACUUAUCUGAAAGGAAGCACAAAAGGCUAUAUAAGCACUGAUAUUUUUUCAAUUGGGGAUGAUGCCUCCCUUUCUGUAUACGGCCAUUCUUUUCUUCUAGUUUAUGAAGAGGCAGACAAUGAUAACAUGCAAAUGGAUGGCUUGAUUGGAUUUGCAUUUGAUGCCUUAAGUGGUGGGACAAAUUCAUUGAUGAGCUCUCUGAAAAAUCAAGGGAGAAUUCAGAAACAGCAGUUUUCUGUUUAUUUGAAUGAUGCAAGGAGCUAUACAGAUUUGGUAAGCCUUGGCAGUUCGCUCUUAAUGAUUGAUGGAUAUGAUCUCAGCAAAUAUUCAUCACAAGGAAGCUUUACCUAUAUUGACUUAGCCAAUUAUAUGGGGCAUUGGGUCGUUGAGUGUGAUGGUGUUGAUUUUAAUGGAACUAAAUUAACUGAAGCUCAAACAGCAAUUAUUGACACUGGAACUAGUUUAAUUAUCGGCCCCCAAGCUAGUGUGCUUAAAAUACUGCAAAUUCUUUAUUACCAAUUUGAUUGUAGCGCCGAUACCCAAAAUAACAUAUAUUGCAAUUGCGAUAGUGCUUAUCCUGAUCUAAAAUUUAUACUUUCUGGGCAUACGUUUGCGAUUAAGCCGAUUGAUUAUUUUAUGGUUUCUCAAGGAAGAUGCUACCCAGUAUUUGGUUAUAGCAGUUCAUUAAACUUCUGGCUCUUGGGAGAUAGCUUUAUCCGGCGAUUUUAUAUCAAUUUUGAUAUGGAAAAAAGGCGAAUUGGCUUUGCAAAAAUAAAAAGCUUGAAUGAUUUAGGCAUCGGCAUUGAAAGCAUUCCGCUAUGGAAAAUGCUUUUACUCAUAAUAAUCACUCUAGAUAUUUAA